UUCUCUUUCUCUUUUAUCUUGUAUGAAAAAAGACUGCCUCUUUAGUACUGAUCAAAAUAGUGAUCUAGAAGAACUUCCAGUUAAUGGACAUAUAUUUGAAGGGCAUUUGUACCUCAAAAGAUAUGAUGGAAAAUGGACGUGGAAAUUAUUUCGAUUCGAUGGUUCAUCCUUAAUAUGUCUGUCAACAAAAAAGAUCAAAAUACAACCCAAUGUGACAUUAGGAUCCCAUCAAAAUAACUCUGCAACAUCACUUUUAUUAGCGACACCAAAAGAUAAAUCGUCAAGAUUGCUGACAGCUACCGAUUUAUGUAAGGAACCCAGUUAUUAUCAGUUACCUAAAUGGACGCUCAAUGUUUGUGACAUUUCAUCCAUUGCCAUUUUAAAAAGGAGCAACUACAAACACGCUUUCUUUAAAAGCAAAUCAAACAGUUUUUGUAUAAGAUCAUCUGACGGUCAAUGCUAUGUGAUGAAGGCGCGAACAUUAGAUGAACUAGAACGAUGGGUAUUUGUACUAUCUAAAAUGUGGAAAUUAUCUCAACUUUUACCAUCAUCGUCAUCGUCAUCGUCAUGCAACCCUCCUUUAAGGAAGGCAUCUGUACCACAAGGGACAUUCAAUCAUAGUUCAGUCAUUAUACCCCCAGCCACUACCACCCCACCCAACACUACACAAUGUAAACCAGUCAGAAAGGCUUUCCUUACUGCAGAAAAGAUUUCUUUUAUAGAAAAUUGGUUAAGCUCCGUGAAUGAACAAGUAUACCAAUCCGACGAUUGUGAAAAUGGACUGCAGAAAGGCAGCAAGUCGUUUACACAUAAGCAUCUCAGUUGUAUAGAGGAAAUGCCUAACCCAAAUAAAUUACUCUUCAACUUUUUUCAAGAUGCGAAUACAGUGUAUACUGAUGAAUCAGAGACACAUAGUAAGAAAUAUACAUACUCCUCAUUAAAAUACCAUGGUAGUACACGUGCAUGUCAUGUCAAAUUGAUCAAGAGCGAUUCAACCCCUUCAAUACCUUCCAAAACACGCAUAGUACAUUCACUACCAACAGUGUUUAUGCACUCUCCUCUAGAGCUCUUAAAAUCCGCAACAAGCUUUGAACGCCACAUCAAGAAUGAUGGAAGUAAACAUCUGACUGAAAUGCUUGGAAACAUAAGACUAAACCAAUAAUAAACAAUAUCCUUUCUUUGUUUUGUUAAGCCUCUCUUUUACUCUCUAUGAAUAAGCACAAAGAAGCCGAGUACGCCCAAGACAGCAUAUUUCAUCCAUGCAUAGUCGUUCAUCAUGAUUGUCACCAUGCCAACAUAAGGCAAGAAGCUAUUUUUAAUCUUAAUAUCUUUGAUAAACAACUUG